CUUUUUGCCAUUGUUCUGUGAGCGUACCUAGUUUACUGAGUAAAAUGAUUGGACGAGACUUGCAGUUGUCUCACUCUUUGUGCCAGUUUACAGGUGGGGCUCGUUGCGUCGGGUCCCUCGUGGUGAUGGGCCUUGAAACACAGCCUUUUGAAAGCUUGUUUUGGUCAAACUUUCCUUUCCACCUGCAUUCAAGUUCGAUUUCGCAACCUAUAUUAAUCCUCGAGUACUCUAGCCGCCGUUGCGAAUCCCACUCCCCUAAUUACCUACAUCUGUAAUUGGAGAAACCCACCAUAAUCUUGCUCCCACGACAGGGCAUUGCCUUCGCCAACUUCCAACACCUCGACUUCCAUUCCCUCACCAUCAUCGAAUCCGGACCACCCAAAAUCCCCCCACCCGAACCAUGACGUCCUGGUACUCGCAGCUCCUCACAACCACAACCACCCGCAUCACCCACCUCCAACGCACCCUCCUCGCAGGCGAGUCCGACGGCGACACCGAAGACGACACCCACGUCUGCCGCGUGCUGCGCAACUACUACACCGAGAAGGGCCGCCCCUUCCCUGCCUGGCUGCCCCCCGACCCCAAGGCCCCGCCCCCUCCCGCCCCCGUCUACACCCAGACGACCACCCAGGUCGGCAGCCGCUACGGUGGACUCGUGGCCAACCAGCAGCCCGGCGGCGGGCCCGGCGGCGCCGCGGGGCUGAGCAGCCUGUGGGACAACAACCCCGUCGGCGGCGGUCGCCAGGACCCGCAGUCGCUGCGCCAGGGGCGCGGCGCCCCGCCUCCGAUGCGCGCCGCCGAGACGUCGUCGCCCGCCGGGGCGAGGAACCCGUUCAGCAGGAGCGGCGGCAGCGACCAGGCCCGCGAGGACGUACAGGCCAGACCGCUGCCCAGCCAGAGGGCGGGGAGCUAUCAGCAGGCGGGCCUCUACAGCGGCGGCGGGAGUGGGGGCGGCUCGGCGGCGGGCGGCGGGAGCGCGCAGGAUAGGCUCAAGCAGAGGUUGUGGGGGGGCGGCUCGAGGACGACGAGUCCGGGGUCGUCGACUGGGAGCGCGUACCAGCCGCCGCAGCAGCAGCAACAGCAGCAGAGCAGGUAUGGCGGCGGCAGUGGAGGCGGCGCGGGAGGUGGCUAUGGGUCGGGAGGCGGGUCGGGGGAUAACUACGAGGACCGGUUCGCGCCGGGGGGUAUGUACGACGCCUCAGCGGGCUAUGGCAGCAGGGGAGGAGGCGGGGGAGGUGGUAGUGAUCGUCCGUUCGUGGCUGCUAAUGCGCCAUGGGCGACCAACGAGUCUGACUACAGUGGUGGCGGCGGCGGCGGCAGUAGGGCAGGGGGCCUGCCGGGCGGGCCCCGGAGAGGUGGCUUGCCCAGCGGGCCGAGGAAGAGAUGAGGCAGUCUUGGGCGGAUUGGUAUGUACGCGACUUGACAGGCAAGAGAGGCUACGAUGCUGCGUCGAGCCGAGGUCUAGCGGCUGAUCUGGGGUUCCGGUGGGCAACGAUGGGGAUUCUAAUAGCGACCCCUGUACAGGUCAACAUAUCCCUAUAACGCUUGGCCUGCUUUUAUCGGCCCCGAGGGAUCACAACCAGCGCCGGUAGGACCCUGUGCCUGGAGCUGAUAGGGGGUUAUAAGGGGAGCAGCUGGUGGUUUGGAGUUGGCUGAGCGCUGCGACUCGGACUGGGAGACACGUUUCCGCCCUUCACCUUUCACCUUUCACACGGGAGGGGUCUGGUUGAAAUGCGUCGAUCGCUAGGAGGUAGAACCCGCUUGGGUAGGAAUCAAAGGCAUCAUCAAGCUAUGGAAUCAGGACCUGGGAUUUCAUGUAAAGCCAGAAACUAUACUUUGCCAGUUCCCUCAGGCCCAUGCAUGGAACUGUU